ACACACACACACACACACACACACACAUAUAUAUAUAUUAUCGAUAAGACAAAUACGUUUUUCUCACUACGUUGAUCAUUACGUUAGAAUGAAUUUUUGAAGAGCGCAGAUAAAAUAAAUGAAUAUAAAUGAUCGAGGUAUAAAUUAUUAAGAUAUACUCUCGCGUUCUUUCAAGAUUUGGUGAGAUACACGAGCGAACGUGAUUAGAAUUUAGAUACAAAGGCCUUCGAAACUUUGAAGUAUCCCUGACUAACGCUGAAGAGGGAAAUGCGAAGUACAAAACUGCUUUGUUGGUAGACCGAUGUGGUAGAUCUACAUCUUGCUCCAGGUAACAAGAUGACAAGAUAAUUUGGUGGAAGGCGAGCGCAACAUAGUCGAACGAGUUUCUAUAUCAGGAACCUCGAAAUCGUGCAUUCGUGCUGUUAAACCGUCAAGAUAUAUUUUUUUUAUUUUACGAAGAUCCAAAAAAUGACGAGAUGCGAUAAAGGAACGAAAAUCACGUAUUAUCACGAAAUUUUUUCGUACAAUCGGGAUUAAAGGAGUGCAACACAUUUGACGCAUGUUUCGUCAACAUUUUGAAGACUGUGUAAUAAACUAAUAAGAGUAAAGUACAUGGAUAUACAAAUAUUUUGUAAAAGCUGCGAACAAAAGCAACUUGUGUGAGUUAUUUAUUACGCUAGUAAAAUUUAUCGCGGAAUAAACUUGUUAGAGUUCAGCUGAAAGUGUGUAAAUUAUUAUUAAAUGUACAAAAGUGCACCGGGACGAUAAUCCGAUAAGACGACAAAUCUUCCGUAACUUGAGACUAACAUGAUGUGAUUAACUUGAACGAGUAUUUCUAUAAAAAAAAAAAAUAUCAAAAGCGCAUCGGUGGAUAUCUCGGAACGAGAGGACGACGAUUCGAAUUGAUUGAUAAUUUAAGAGCGACUCGAUAACGAUACAAGAGCGUGCCACGACGAUCUCUGAAACUGCGAUAGUGUAUCGACGAACAAUCUCGAAGCAACGAUACGGCGAGUUAGAUCGUCGAUGACUUUUUGUCGAUCGUGAUCGCGUUAUUCCGGUAAUCGAGUUGGCUGGCCGGAAACACCGUCAAAAUAGAGUAUCCCGAUAGCAGCGGUAUGUACGGGGGUGGGUCGGCGGGAAGCGCGGGGUACGGGGUCGGUCUGGGACCGGGCCCCUCGCACUACGCGCCCCCCUCCGCCACGGUGGGCUACCAGUUAGGCCCACCACCACCCCCGGCCGCCUGUCCCGCCACCGCAGGAAAUCAGCUUCUGUCUUACGGACCCGACCUAUCGCCCCAUCACAUCCAACAGGCCCACACGGAGACCCAGUCGAAAAGACGGAGAUCCGACGAGGAUGAUCCGAGUGGUUGUAAAUAUAGAAGACUAGACGAUGAUAAUGUGCAGGACAAGGAAAGGUUUGCGAGCAGGGAGAAUCAUUGCGAGAUCGAGCGGCGGCGGCGGAACAAGAUGACCGCCUACAUCACCGAGCUCUCCGACAUGGUGCCGACCUGUUCAGCUCUGGCCCGGAAACCCGACAAGCUCACGAUCCUCAGGAUGGCGGUGGCGCACAUGAAAGCUCUCAGAGGCACCGGAAAUACUGCCACCGACAACGCCUACAAACCAUCCUUUCUCACGGAUCAAGAGUUGAAGCACUUGAUCCUCGAGGCGGCUGACGGCUUCCUGUUUGUCGUGAGCUGCGACACAGGCAGGAUCAUCUACGUGUCUGACUCGGUCGCGCCGGUAUUGAACUACACGCAGAGCGACUGGUUCGGCACUAGCCUCUAUUCGCAGGUUCAUCCCGAUGACACUGAGAAGGUGCGGGAGCAGCUCAGCGCAGCAGAACCGCAGCACGGUGGUCGAGUGUUAGACCUUAAAACCGGGACAGUGAAGAAGGAAGGCCAAUCUUCGAUGCGAUUAUGCAUGGGUUCGAGAAGAGGCUUCAUAUGCCGCAUGAAAGUUGGCAAUCUGCAGACCACGGGCGAUAUGGCAGCUGCACACGGGUUACAUCGUAUGAAGCAGAGAAACUCUCUGGGCCCUCCCGCGCGCGAUGGUCAGAACUACGCGGUGGUACAUUGCACCGGAUACAUCAAGAAUUGGCCACCUACCGGUGAUUUUGUUCCCCCAUGUGUACCAGGUGUGGGUCUAGGUGACAGAGGUCCUGGGGGUGUUCAAACUGGUCCAGACGGCGUAGUCACGGAUGAAAAUGCCUCCACGCAUUGCUGCCUUGUCGCCAUUGGGCGAUUACAGGUCACUAGCACACCAAAUAGUAGCGACUUAGCAGAUUCCAAUAGCAAUAGCAAAUUUGUAUCACGUCACUCCGUAGAAGGUAAAUUUACCUUUGUGGAUCAAAAAGUUGGUGGAAUUUUGGGUUAUACUCCAUCGGAACUCUUAGGUCAUUCUUGCUAUGAAUUUUUCCAUCCGGAAGAUGUAACACAUAUGCGAGAAAGCUUUGAACAAGCUUUGAAGUUAAAGGGGCAAAUCGUGUCUGUGAUGUACAGAUUUCGAGCUAAAAACCGCGAUUGGGUGUGGUUGAGAACGUCAGCAUUUGCGUUUCUAAAUCCAUUCAAUGACGACGUCGAGUAUAUCGUCUGCGAGAAUAUGAACGCAAAGUCAUUUCAUCCAAGUAGUGAUGGUCAAACGGAGAGUGAAGCUGUACCUACUUAUGGACAACCUGGUCUGGACUAUUCCCUUCAAAGACAUCCUGCCAGGGAUCCGCUGUACUCCGCGCAUCAUAUGAUGCAGCAUCCAGCGACUGUAGCUACAGCUAGUCCGCAACAACCAAGGCCGUCCAGCACACAGAACGUAUACCAAAGCUACGAAACGACGCAAUCGCCAAUAGCUUAUGGGUCACCUGGACAGCAAAGCGCGCCCUCGUCGGUCUUAAGUAGGAUUCAGAAACCAGCUAAUACAUCUCCAACUCCGCAAGCAUGGACGAUUGGAAGACAACAACCCGUGACAGAAGGAUAUCAAUACAGUCAAUUAAGUCCAUCGAGAUCACCGAGCGGGCCAACAUACACUCAACUCAGUAGCGGCGCUAGAACACCGGCUACACAGCAAUAUCAUGCAGUCACAACAGUGCCUAAUAAUCCUGGUAUGUGGGGUUGGCAGAGUCAACAGCAUCAGACGCAACAACCAGAUGGACAGACCGGCGCUCAAGUGGCCGCACAAGCGCAACCGCCGCAUCCUGGACAGACUGGGCCUGGCACACAGCCGCAGGAGCUGUCCGACAUGCUGCAAAUGCUACAAGAUCAAGGUGGCUCGUCUGGAUUCGAGGAACUAAACAUGUUCAAUACUAACUUUGAGUAGCAACGAAAAAACAACAUGCCUCUGAAAAACAGCUUCUACUUUAGAGGAAUUCUCUCUCUUCGGGACUUUUCCCGGUCGUUCGGUAUCACUUUGGAGAUUUAAUUCAGGCAUCGCAAAUCGCACCCUCACGUCAGCAUCCGAAGGAUUGUUCACGAAGAAAAGAGAAAUGCGACUUAACAAUUUAGCACUGCAUAUAUAGACUACGCAAAAACGAUCGCACUGGGAUUAGGACAGCCUAGUCUACCGGAUUAUUUACAUAUUAUACAUACGUAUUAUAACGAGAGGUUUUUGAUUGUCAUGGGUAUCAGAUGCUGCAGGUACAAUUGUCGCAUUAUAUGCUCUAUUUGAGAUUCAAAUUGACGAGCAUAUAAUGGUAUUGCUGCGAACGUGUCGUUAAACAUCAAGUGCGACUGUACCUUCAUGACGAUUAUUGAUUAAUGCUCGAAACGAAUUAUAAUAUGCACAGAUGGGCUAUUCACAUUUGGCAUUUGACAUAAGAUGCUAAAUACAGUUUUAUAUUUAUAAAUUUUACAUUUAAAUUAAACAUAUAAUUGAUAAAAAUACUAAUAAAUGA